AUCGAUAGCGCGCACACAAUUCCCGGUUCUUCUAUCUGUAAACAAACUAUCAAACUAUCUAGUUGCCGUAGAAAAAGACGCCAAGCCAUGGAGGCGGCCAUAUGUCGUGUUUGCCUGGAUAACAACGAGAGCAUGCUCAAUAUCUUCGGACGGUCGCACGAGUCUGGGACUUGCAUUGCGAACAUACUCUCCCAGUGGAGUGGCUAUCCCGUCGAGAUGCACGAUCCCUUCCCCAAGACCAUUUGCACGUCCUGCCUGCAGGACGCAGAGAAUGCCUACAACCUAGAUAUGGAACAAAAAUUUGAUCAGAUCACGACGCCCCUGUUGGAGAACCUGGACAAGGACAAGGAGCAGGUGUCCAAAGCGAAGGAAUCCGAGCUGGCAGAAACAGUCCACCAGGAGAUCCACAUCAAGGAAGAAGUCCCCGACUUCUGGGCCACAAAGGAACCCGAAGUGAUCAACGAGCCUCUGGUAGAGGACAUUUUCGAGGAAGAACCGUGCCAUAAUAUCUCACACCUGGACUCUGGCCCAGCGAUUAAGGAAAAUGUACAGAGGAAAUUCCAUGGCCCUAACGAUAGAGAUGUUGGAAUGCAGGAUGAUGCUUCUUACUAUAAUUUCUUGGGCUUGGGCUCUGGCCCAGAGACUAAGGAAAAUGUACAGGGGAAAUUCCAUGGGCCCAACGAUAGAGAUGUUAGAGUACAUGAUGAAGAUCUUUUGCAUAGCAUCUCUGACUCGGAUUUUGGAUCAGUGACAAAGGAAGAUGCACAGGGGAAAUUCUAUGGCCCCAACGAUAGAGCUGUUGAAUUGCGGGAUGAUGCUCCUUACCAUAUAACCACAGACUCGGACUCUGAACUGGUGAAUAGGGAAAAUGCACAGGGGAAAUUCUAUGGCCCCAACGAUAGAGAUGUUGAGACACAUGAUGAUGCUCCAUGCCAUAACCUCUCUGACUCGGGUUUUGCACCUGUGACAAAGAAAAAUGUACAGGGAAAAUUCAGUGGCCCUAAGGAUAAAGCUGUCAAAGAGCAGGAUGAGGCUCCUUUCAAGUGUUCGCAGUGUCCAAAGACCUUUUCGGCGAAGGCAAGUUACCAACAACACUUGAGGGUGCACAAGGGGCGAACCUUCAAGUGUCACCUCUGUAUGGCCACCUUCAAAGUGGCCAAUAUCCUCAAGGUUCACAUGCGCAUCCACACCGGAGAACGGCCGUACCACUGUGGCCUCUGCAACAUGACCUUUACAACCAAUUCCAAUCUCAAUCGGCACAUGCGAACGGUCCAUUCCACAACCGAGCGCAGGCGUUACAGACUGCGAAUGCCGCCAACGACCGCCUAAACUCCUGGCAAGCUUCCCAAUGCAUACAGAAGUAAGUGUCAAAUUUAAGGACGACUCCCACUCAAAGACUUUCAACGUGAUAUCGAAAUAAGACAAAUUACCGGCUAAGGAACUCUUAUAAGAAAGGAAAACGUACCUUUACAUAUUAGUUUAGCAUCAAGAUUAUUUUAUAAAUGAUAUUUAUAUUAAUGUUACACCAAAUUACUACAUUGUAGCUAAUGUAGACAGAAAAGAAUGGGUUUCCAUAUUAUUUUUUUUUUUACUAAGGGUUGACUGGAGACGGGACAACCGACAGAAUAAUUUAUAUAGUACCUUUAUGUAAUAUGUAUUAAUUAAUCAUUCAAGUAAAUAAAUAAAAAUAAAUUCAAGUAAAUAUAUUUAUAAAAGGAGGAAGUGAAAGAGCAAACCGUUUUUGUAUGAAAUAUAUUGAUAUUUUGAAAGACAA